AUGUUAUGUACCUGCAGCGGGGACCAGUCCAAGUUUGAAGAUCUUCCUCGAUCUCCAGAAUCUCUUGCAACACGUGACUUUUCAGCUAAUUGCUCAUCUUCAAAGAUUGCAAGUCGAGAAACAACUCCUGAUGAUAGCCAAGUAAAUGAAGUAGAAUCAGACCUAAAAGAAACCCUUUCCCUAAAUUAUGAGGAGGCCCGAGCAUUGUUAGGUAGACUGGAACAUCAGAGAGGGAACUUUGAUGCAGCAUUGCAAGUUCUUCAGGGGAUUGAUAUUAGAAGCCUGAGACCGCGAAUGACCAGUGCUAUUGCUGAAAGUAUCAAGCCUAGAACGCCCCCACGUUCUUCAAGAAGGAAAUCUUCACAAGUGAAUGGAAUGGUCAUGCAGAUGUCAAUGCAUUCUGUAAGCUUGCUUCUAGAGGCCAUACUGCUUAAAGCAAAAUCUCUGGACACUCUUGGUAGAGUAGCAGAUGCUGCAGAAGAAUGCAGAACCAUCAUAGACAUUAUAGAGUAUGCAUGGCCAUAUGGUGUUCCGGAUGGUACUGCUGAAGAGUGUAAGCUAAUAGACAUAUUCCAUUUGGCUCUAGAAUAUCUUCCUAAAUUGUGGAUGAGGAGUGGUUGUUUUGACGAAGCCAUCAUCGCAUAUCGCAGAGCUCUUGCAAAGCCAUGGAAUCUAGAUUCUCAAAGGUCCGCCAAAUUGCAAAAAGAUUUGGCAGUGACUCUGCUGUAUUGUGGUGUUGAAGUGAAGUUCCCUCAAGAAUUUGCUCAGGAAAGGAAUCUGGUAACCCCUGGGAACAACUUAGAGGAAGCAAUUUUGUUGUUACUCAUGCUAAUAAGAAAGCUAUCUCUCCGAGAAAUACAAUGGGAUCCUGACCUUGUGAAUCAUUUGAUGUAUGCACUCUCAUUAUCUGGGCACUAUGAAGUUUUGGCCAGCCAUCUUGAAAUGCUGUUGCCUGGAACCUAUACCAGAUCAGAGAGAUGGUAUAUCCUUGCACUUUGCUACAGCGCAGCUGGCAUGGAUGAUAGUGCGUUAAACAUCAUAAGGAAUGGGUUUUCUGUGCUGGAGAGAAAGGGAAAGCCUCAUGUUCCAUCUCUUCUUUUAGGAGCAAAACUAUGCUGUAAGAACCCAAAGCAUGCUUCUGAAGGGAUAAAGUUUGCAAAUAAAGCCGUCACGUCUUUCAGAAGUCGUGAUCUGCAUUUCAUCAGCACUGCAAAACACUUUCUUGGUGUUUGUUAUGGACCUUUUUCUAGGUCCUCCGCCUCACACUUGGAGAAAUCGAGAUUGGAAGAUAAUGCACUGAGGCUGCUGCAGGAUGCUGCCACAACAGCAAAGUAUAAUCCUGAAAUAAUGUAUAGCCUCGCUUGGGAAAAUGCUAUGCAGCGCAAACUCAAUGCAGCUAUUGAAAGUGCAACAGAAUGUCUUGAGAUGGUGAUGGGAGGUUCUGUUAGUGCCUGGAAGUUACUAAUUCUUGUACUAUCUGCACAACAGAAUUUGCAAGAAGCCGAAGCAGUAGCAGAUUUUGCAAUGGAUGAAGCUGAGAAAAAUGAUCAGUUGGAUAUUUUGAGGCUGAAAGCACAAAUUCAGGCUUCCCGUGGACAGUUCAAGUCUGCAGUGGAAUCUUUUCGGGUUUUGCUUGCCACUAUCCAAGUAAAGAAGGAAGUCUGGAAAUCGACCACUUGUAAUGAGGUUAAAUGCCUACAGAAGUUGGAGAUGGACUCAUGGUUAGAUUUGGCAUCAAUCUACUCAAAGCUUGAGGCAUGGCAUGACUCAAACAUCUGCCUUGACAAAGCUAUAUCCAUUGAUUUCUUUUAUCCCAAGUGUUGGCAUGUCAGAGGUCUUCUAUUGGAGGCUCAAUUCUUGCACAAGGAAGCCCUGAUGGCGUUCUCUUUCGCCCUCUCAAUUGACCCAGAUUACGUCCCGAGCAUGGUUUGCAUGGCAGGAAUUCUCCGAAAUAUUGGAGGGAAUUCGCUAUCAAUUGCAAGAACUUACUUGCGCAAUGCCCUCCGUUUAGAGCCUACAAACCACCGAGCCUGGUUGAGUCUUGGGCUUGUCCUGAAAGCUGAAGGAUCGCUGCAGGAGGCUGCGGACUGCUUCCAGGCAGCAUAUGAGCUCAGAGAAUUGUCACCAAUUCAGGACUUCUCUGAGCAACUCCCGAUCAUGCUGCAUUAG